CUUGUCAUGCUGAGGAAGGCGGUCUGGCCUGCCCUGUCUUCUAUUUUUAACCGGAGCUUUGACGACUUCAGCUGUGGAAAGGUCUCGCGGCGUGUUUUUCUCCUUUGUGUUUGCAGCGCGUGCAGCUCUUCACGCGGGACCGAACUGAAACAGGUAUGGGGGAGGAACUGCUCUAAGAAGUCAUGGAGGGGCUUUAUUUUGAGACCAAACCAAGGAGAGGCGAACAGCAGAGGCUGCAGAGCUCUGACACACUCGGUAUUGGUCUAACGUCAAACCACCGCUCCUGCCCGUCCUUCUCCCACCUGAGCUCUGCCUCUCCAAAAGACCAGAGGUUGGUGUCUCCCAGGGAGAGGAGUGCAUCCUGGAAGCCACAGGUCAAUGACGACAGGGGCCAGGAGAUAAACUACAAACUGACUCUUAUUGGUUCCCAGCCAGUCCACCAUCUGACCACCAUGACCAUGCUGCCCUGGGUGGUGGCGGAAAUCUGCAGGUCCGCAGCAAGGGAUCCAGGUGCUGGAUCACCUGAUCGCAGGAGUGGAGGCGGUUACUUGAAUCCUGCGACGUACAAUAAAGCAGUUUGGCUCAGUGUGUCGCUGUCCUGGGUUCGGUGUGUGUCUGCUCAGGGACAACAACAUUUCUGGGACCCUCUGACACAUACCGUGCUGUUUGAAUGCCGACCUCACCAAGUGACCAACCUGAUGCACAACAGCCAGGAGCCCAGUAGCUUUGCCUGCUUAGUGAGGGACACUCCAGGCAGGCAAAGCUGUGCCUGCUAUGUCUUCAGGUGCCAGGAAACCACCAAGGUCCCAGAGAUCAUCGGUACUUUGAGGCAAGCUAGCAAAAGCUCAGCACGCAACAAUGACAUCACCCCUUUUCCCAGCCAGGCCUCAGGUAUUUCUGGAGCCAGCGACUCCUCUCUUUCCACUACAUCAAGCUCCUCUGCCACUGUUUCGGCAGUGUCUCCAGCAAACUUUGCCAAAAAGUUUGAGGUACUCUUUUGUGGCCGAGUGAGCGUCGCUCACAAAAAGGCCCCACCUGCCCUCAUAGAUGAGUGCAUCGAGAAGUUCAGUCAGCUGCAUAGCUUGGGCAAAACGGAUAAAGGAAACAGUGGUGGGCUGGUGGAUGGGCUGAAGCGGGCCCUGAGCUUCCAAUCAAAUGGACUGGGAGGUGGCGCUGUGGGUAAUGGUGCGGAGGGGAGCUUCAACACUGGGACACGUCCGUUGUUCAAGAAGGAGCCCAGCUUUCCCAGCCUGCAUGGUCUGGAUGAGAAUGGUCUUUCCCCAGAGAUUUCUAAUGCCAACACUACAGAUCCGCAUACUCUCUCCACCAAGGUCCAGCCCAGCAACCUACAGGAGAACCGGACCAUGCUGUUCACGGUGGGCAGGUCCCAGAUCUACUUGGUCAGUCCAGAUACUAAGAAAGUCGCCAUAGAGAAGAGUUUCCGAGAAAUUUCCUUCUGCUCACAGGGGAUUCGUCAUGUUGAUCACUUCGGUUUCAUUUGCAGGGAAACGGUAGAAGGUGGAAACGGCCACUUUGUGUGCUAUGUGUUCCAGUGCACUGAUGAAUCACUGGUGGAUGAAAUCAUGCUGACUUUGAAGCAAGCAUUCUCCGUUGCAGCCCUGCAGCAAAAUGCAAAGACCCAAAGCCAGCAAUGUGACGUCUGCCCCAUGCAGCAACUCCACAGGCUGUGUGAGAGGAUAGAAGGUAGUGCGGACUCCAUUGGUCAAAACCCGUCUAAAACAAAGUUGGAGCUUCAGAGACACAUGGCCUCUCUGGACAAUGAGGAGCAAGCUCAGAUCUUUGAAAACACUAUGCGGGCUUGUCCUAAAAGCGAUCAAGAAGAAAAUGAGUUGGUGAUGGUCUCCCUUAGGAAUCUCUACGAGGAAAAACAGAAACACCAUCAGCACACAGUUCCUGGAGAAGCCAAGCAGGCACCUGAAGAUGCAGCUCCAGCGGCCCAGGAGGCUCCACAGCAAAGCAGCAGUCGGCAGCGACUUGAACAGUUUAAGACUCGUGCCAAACGCUCCCUCACAGAGUCUCUGGAGGGCAUCUGGAAGGGAAGCAGCAAGGCCAAAUCUCAGAUGGACAACAGUGAGGAAAGUGAGAGCAGCUCCUCCAUUUGUACUGUAAGCAGCAGCCAGGACCAGCCGUGCCUCGAUGACCCCUUAUGUACGCCCCCUGCCUUAAGACCCACCAGCCCCCUCAGUUCCCACAACUCAACAGGUGACCUGAAACGACUCGACGGCUCACCUACCCCGUUACCUCGCUCCUCUUCCCCCUGUAAUGCUGAACAACAGGGCUUCCGUCGGCGGGCCAGCACCUUCAGCCAUUCCCCCUCCCCUUCCUCAGUCCACGAGGACUUCCCGCUGCAGAAAGUAAUACACACAGGACAGGACCCGGGUGCAACCACCAAACCCAAGCUCGUGCGACACUACUCUGUCAGCACCGACUCGCCUCACCAGAGCAAAAAUGUCCCAACCAACUCUACCCUUCCUCCUCUUCCUUCCUGCCCUUCAUCCCACUCUCCUGUCCUUCAUCAUCAGUCCUCACCUUCUGCUGGAGCACGGUUCAAUAAAAGAAGCCCUCUGGGUGGUCUCCGUGCUCGUCUGCACUCCUCCUCUUCUGUUCCUAACUUUCUGAAAUUUCAAUUUCUGGCUCCCGUUCAAGAAAAUGAUUGUCCUGAACCAAAGAAAAGUGAUGUAGCAGCUCUCUCUGCACCGAGGGCAGCGUCCGUGGUCGGCCAAAGCCCUCUCCGCAGCCACCGGCACUCAUGGAGGCAACAGAUCUUCCUUCGGGUUUCUACACCUCAGAAAGGCACAGACAGCAGUGAGCUGGUGGAUCCCUGCCUGGAGGGAAGUCGGCUGAGUGUGGGACAGAUGUGUGGAGGAAGUGGGGACUCUAUCAUGAAUGCAGUGCCAGAGGAGGCAGCUAAAAAGAGCAAAGAGGAGCUGAGGGAGCUGUGGAGGAAGGCCAUCCUGCAGCAGAUCCUGCUGCUGAGGAUGGAGAAGGAGAACCAGAAGCUGCAAGCCUCUGAGAAUAACCUGCUAAACAAACGCCUCAAGCUGGACUACGAAGAAAUCACGCCGUGUCUGAAGGACGUCACUUUGGUGUGGGAGAAAAUGCUGGGAACUCCUGGAAGAGCAAAAGUCAAGUUUGACACAGAGACUAUACACGCUGCUGUUGCACAAGGUGUUCCUCGGCAGCAUCGAGGUGAAAUCUGGAAGUUCCUCUCUGAGCAGUACCUGCUCAGACAGACGGUCCCUGCCCGGCCCCCUUCCAAUCCCACUCCAUACAAGGAGCUGCUGAAGCAGCUCACGUCACAGCAACACGCAAUCCUCAUCGACCUGGGUCGCACUUUUCCCAGUCAUCCAUAUUUCCAAGCUCAGCUGGGUGCAGGACAGCUGUCGCUGUACAACAUCCUUAAAGCCUACUCAUUGCUUGACCCUGAGGUGGGCUACUGUCAGGGCCUGUCCUUUAUAGCUGGAGUUCUGCUUCUACACAUGGGGGAGGAGGAUGCCUUUAACAUGCUCAAAUUUCUGAUGUAUGACGUAGGACUUCGUAAACAAUACAGGCCUGACAUGAUAAUCCUACAGAUUCAGAUGUACCAGCUGUCGCGGCUGCUUCACGACUACCACAGGGAUUUGCACGGCCACUUUGAGCAGCAGGAGAUCGGACCCAGCUUGUACGCCACUCCUUGGUUCCUUACUUUAUUUGCGUCUCACUUCCCCCUUGGCUUUGUGGCUCGUGUCUUUGACAUGUUGUUCCUCCAGGGCCCAGAGGUCAUAUUCAAGGUGGCCUUGAGUCUGCUGGGAAGCCACAAGCCUCUGAUCCUGCAACACGACAGUCUGGAGUCCAUAGUGGACUUCAUCAAGACCACACUGCCCAACCUGGGCCUGGUGCAGAUGGAGAAGACCAUCAACCAGGUCUGUGAGAUGGACGUUUCCAAGCAGCUGCAGGCGUAUGAGGUGGAGUAUCACGUACUACAGGACGAGCUGCUGGACACGCCCACAACCCUCAACCAGCAACAGCGAGCUGCACAGCUGGAGAGGACCAAUCAGAGUCUGCGCCAGCAGAACCUCGACCUGCUAGAGGAGCUGCAGGUGUGCCACGCUCGAGUCUGCAACCUGGAGGGCCAAGUGGAGGUUUUGGCUCAGUCAGAGAGCCGGCUGAAGGAGCAGGUUUCUGCUCUGGAGGAGGAGAAGCUGCAGCUGGAGACGACCGCCACACAGCUCCAGAACCUUCUCACCAGCCUGGGAAUACACCCCAGCAGCCUUGAUGGACUCACACUCCUGCCCCCCUCUGACACACAGAAAGGUCUGGAUGUCAGGACAGCAGACCCAGAGCAUCCCGCUCUCCCACAGGGUUCUUAACUCCAUCGCGGUAGCCGUUGAAAUGGUGACGUUGAGCCACGUGUGAAAGGCACAGGAGGAGGAGGACGCCGGCUUUCCCUCCAGAUAUUUUAAAUAAAAGAGAGAGACGAGCUUUUGAGCUGAGAACUGAAGGCGUAGAAAAGGAGAAAAGAGUAGGGCUGAGCUCAAAGGGGACAGCCCCGUCUUCUCCCACUCAAGCGAAUGUAAAGGAACGUGUUGGUUAACAAAAAAAAAAAGAAGAAGCUGCACCUUCAGGCUGCCGUCUUGUGUUCUGUUCUACAAGGUUAAAACAGCCCAAAGAAUGUCCUCACGCUUGAGAACAAAGAGUCCACGCCACAGUAUUCUGGAGCAUGGCGAUCCUUACUGUUACACAGCAGGAAAAAAAAAAAAUCAUCUCCAAAGAAAAAUCCAAAAUGCACAAGAUUUUCAUGACCUAAAAAGCGAUGACCAUGAAAAAGUGUUUGUUGAUUUUUGGCAUUAGAUAAAUGAUGUUGGGUGUUGGAUGGCGGUGCUCAUACUGGAAGGAGUUCAUUUUCAUUUUCAAACUCUUCCGCGUCCUGAUUUCAUUUAGGACCAGCAGCUUAGAAGAAGACUAACCCAAUCAAUCCAGUCCAUUUCACUGUUUUGUUUUUCGACUAUGUAUGCAUGCUGGCUCAUCUUUCAUGGUGGG